UUAUUUCAGCUUCGCAUUCAAAAACACACUUUUCGCCUCUCUCUCUCUCUCUCUCUCUCUCUCUCUCUCUCUCUCUCUCUCUCUCUCAAAGCCGCCUUCAACCCCGGAUCCGUUUCGAAUCCAAACGAAACGUUGUUGAGAUAUUUCAGGCUUGCCUUCGAACGCCAAAGAUUCCUCGAUUUCAGUAAUGCGAGGAGUUGAGAUUUUCUCUUAGGGCCUCGCUCGAUUUGGGAUCGAUGCCGGAGAUCGAGGUAGUCGCCGGUGCCGGCGACGACUCCUGUGAGUCAUCCUUCUCCCCUCCGGCCGAAGUGAACUUGUUCGGGAAGUACGAGCUCGGAAGGCUCCUCGGGCGCGGCGCAUUCGCGAAGGUAUACCACGCUCGGAACGUGGACACGGGGCAGAGCGUGGCCAUCAAGGCCGUGAGCAAGCAGAAGGUGCUCAAGGGCGGGUUUACGGCGCACGUUAAACGGGAGAUCUCUAUCAUGCGCCGGCUACGCCACCCCCACAUCGUUAAGCUGUACGAGGUGUUAGCCACGAAAACUAAGAUCUACUUCAUUAUGGAGUUCGCCAAAGGCGGCGAGCUCUUCGCCAAAAUUUCCAAGGGCCGGUUCAGCGAAGACCUCAGCCGCCGGUAUUUCCAGCAGCUGAUCUCUGCCAUUGGAUAUUGCCACUCCCGCGGAGUAUUUCACCGCGACUUGAAGCCCGAGAAUUUGCUGCUGGACGAGAACUGGAAUUUGAAGGUUUCGGACUUCGGGCUCAGCGCCGUGACGGAGCAGGUCCGACCCGACGGGCUGCUCCACACGCUAUGCGGGACCCCAGCGUACGUGGCUCCCGAAAUUCUCGGGAAGAAAGGAUACGAAGGUGCGAAGGUGGAUAUCUGGUCAUGCGGCAUCAUCUUGUUCGUUUUGAACUCGGGUUAUUUGCCGUUCAACGACCAGAAUCUGAUGGUGAUGUAUCGGAAGAUUUAUAAGGGCGAUUUUCGGUUCCCAAGAUGGACGUCGCCCGAUCUAAGAAGACUGAUUUCGCGCCUUCUGGACACGAACCCCGAGACGAGGAUCACCGUAGAUGAGAUUCUGAAGGACCCUUGGUUCGGGAAAGGAUACGAGGAGAUCAAGUUUCACUUCGAGGACUUCGAGUUGAAGGACUUGAGAGACGGGGACAACGACACGUCGUUGAACGCUUUCGAUUUGAUCUCAUUCUCGUCCGGGUUUGAUAUCUCCGGUUUGUUCAGCAAGUCCGAAAUAUCGGACUGCGGGGAGCGGUUCAUAUCGGCGGAGACGCCGGAAACGAUAAUCGAGAAAGUGGAGGAGAUAGCGAAGGCGGAGAACGUGGCGGUUAUGGAAAAGAAGAGUUGGGGUGCUAAAUUGGCGGGGCAGAAUGGUAAUUUCGUGGUGAUGAUUGGGAUUUACCGGCUAACGGAAGAGCUGGUGGUGGUUGAGUUGAAUUUGAGGCAAAGAGAAAGUGAAUGUAGCCAGCGCAUAUGGAAAGAUAAGCUGAGGCCGCAGCUCAGCUGUUUGAUAUACCGACCGGAAGAGGACGUCGCCGGUAAUUAAAAGCACCCAGACGAGAACAAGCUCGGGAGUCUGGGGCGUGCGUCCAUAAUAUAAUAUUUGCGGUACAUUAUAUGAUACAUUGUCGGAGAAAAAUAAGGGAACAGUAAAAUGCCAGUGUCCGGGUUCUUUUGUAAUUUGUUUUUGCCCGGAAUUUCAAGUCUCAAAAGAGACAUAGGGAAGUUCCUCAUCUUCUUGACCCCAAAAAAAAAAAAAAAAAAAAAAAUAGUCCUACAUAUUCUUAGCCCAAGGAAAAAAAAAAAAGUUCCUUAUAUUCUUGUGUACAAAUGAUUUUCUUUAUGUUUUUUGUUUGAAUAAAUAAAGUGAAUAAAAUUUAGGAUGCAAA